GCGGAGAGAUGGGGAGUCCAGCCAUGGAGAGCCGAUGAGCGGCAGGAGGGUAGGACGCCGAGGAGAAAGGCAAAGGAGAAAACGGGCAGAAAGGAGCUGCUCGCCCAGCGUGGGAAUCCCUCGCGCGUCAGAGCGGCCACGUACUGCGAAAGGCGUGGUGGGCGGAGCUUCCCAUCUCAGGGACCGCUGGCAUAGAGGGCGCCGCGGAGCAUGAUGGGAAAAUCCUUCUAGCAUCCGGCAUGGAGGUCCUGGCGGCCGGCUCCAAGCAGCAUCUCGGCGGCGGUGGCGGCCGGGACCAGCAACGACCAGGAGAGUGAGGCGGCGGUGGCGGCUUCCGGGGUCGGCCAUGGUGUCCCAAGCCGUGCAGCUGCUCCGGCAGGGCGUGUGGGCGGCGCUCACCGGAGGCUGGUACCACGAUCCGGAGCAGAGCAAGUUCACCAACAGCUGCCACCUCUAUUUGUGGCUUUUCCUGCUCCUGCUGCCGAUGGCGAUGCACCUGGCAUUCCCUCCCAAUGCCAUCACAGCCUUUGUCUACUGUAGUUCUGUGACUGUGCUUUUCACGAUCAUCAAAGUGGUCAGUUAUCGCCUGCAUCUUAUGUUUGACAAAGGAGAAGUGAUUCAACAAAAGGUCUCAUGGAAGGAAGGAAAGCAAAAUAAAGAAGGUAGAAGAGAUAAUGCAGUUCGGCAUAUAAAUCUCAGCAAUAACAUUGGGGACAGUUGUGCAUUUGAAGAGCUCAAGCGUAAUGGUUCAACACCAACCAUCCACAGCAGCGUAAAAGUGCAGGCUAUCCUCUCACAUCACUCUUCAGGAGUCCUGGAGCUGCCAGCACAAGAAACAAUUGAAGAUCUGAAAGGAGUAAUGCUUCUGGAAGACCAGCCUGCCCUACCGGUUUCAUCUACCUCACCCUGUGUCAAAGCAGAUAUUCUGUCUGCUUCUAUGGCACUUAUGUCAAGUUCUACCACAUCAGCAAUAGUGGCGAAGCCAAAUGCCAUGGAGACAUUUAUCAGCGCGGCGACCAGUGAAAAGGAUGAGAAGGUGCAGCUUUCUAGUUAUAGUGCAGUGGAGGAUACGCCUCUUGAUAAAGGUGUGGUUAAGAAAUUGCCAAAUCUUUCCUUAUCCCAGUAUGACAUUAUAAAAGCUGGCAUUUCCUUUGAGUCUUGGAGCACUGAUAAUUCAGUCAUCAUUUCUGAGCAUCUAAGCAACCCAAAGUGUUUCCGGAGAGAAAAAGUGCUGGAUGCGUCUGCUCAAGACAUCACUACCACUAGUUGCCUGCAGUGUAAUACCGUGGCAGCCAAGGGAGUGGAUGGACCUCUGGAAAGUUCCUACCUUGAUGACAUGAAGGUUCACCUUGAUGAUUCGGAGAGCGAGGUAGCUGUUGCUCUCAUUGACAAUUCUCUCUCUGGAGAUCCGCUUACACUACACGAACCGAUUAAAAUUGUGAUCACUAUGAGUAGCACCCAGAACUCAACCACUGACCUGGAUGGCUCGCGUCAUUUGCAAGUUUUGGGGGCUGAAAUCGGAUCCAGCUCGGAUCCAGAGUCUGGUGUUGUCAUGGCAGACCAGCACAGUAAGCAAAGCAGCGAAAUGAUGAGAAUCCCCGUCAUCACCUUUGAACUGUCUGAUGACAGCGGAGGCCAGGCUUAUCAAGAAGCGAGCGAAAGUUUGAGAACGCCAGACAAUUUAAACGUAGAUGCCUCAUCCAACCAGUGUUCGGGCUAUGAAUCUGGCGAACAGGACAAUAAUGCAAAAGAGGACGGUGACAACCCAACAGAUAAUCACGAAGAAGUAAGCACUUGCCCGGAGAAUGCCUCUGAGAACGUAGAAGUCCUGACUUUACAUUCCAAAGAAGGGCAGCAGAAUUUGGGUGUACCCUCUUACAAAACGGCUCAUGAGAAAAGGCACGCUCGCGUGCUCAGUGUGGACAGUGGGACUGAUGUUUUUUUAAGUAAGAAUUCCUCGGAGACAGUCAGCGAUAAGGAGAAGCUUUUGCCAACCUCUAAAUCUGACCUGGAAGCUAAAGAAGGACAGAUGCCAAAUGAAUCUAAUUUCUUGGAAUUCGUCUCGCUGCUGGAAUCCAUUAACACCUCAAAGGCAACCGCGUCUGAUGGCAAACCAGAGACUGCAAAAGAUAAGCGGAUAACUGGAGAUGGCUGCACAACAGAGAAAAAGGAAGAAACUCCAGAAAUGGAUAAAAACAGUGCACAUGGAUCUUCAAAGCAGGAUAAGCCAGAGAUGCAAACUCAAGACUCUGGUAGUAUUAAUCCAACUGCCCCGGAGCCUAUCAAGUUCACUGCUCAUUACCAGAGCACCAGGCAAAGGCAGAUCAUUUACCGGGUUACUUCGCAGCAAGAUAGUUCCCUCUUGCAAGUCAUAAGUGGGCCUGAGGCUUCUAUGCAAGAAGAGAUGUCUGUGGAUGCAAUGCAUGUCUUCAUAGAUGAAAAUGGAGAAAUUAGAUCCUGUUACUUAAAGGCUGGCAGUCAAAAAGAAGGAAAUAUGCAAAAUCCAGCACCCAACUAUGAUUGUAUUUCUCAUGCUCAUGAAACCCAUUUCAGCUCCUCUAGUACAACUACCUCAGAGAGCCAAGAAGCAUCUUCUGAUCAUGGGCCAAGUGCGUUGCAACAGCAGCUGCUACUGAUGGUGGCGCGGAGAACCCUUUCCGAAACCCAACGGCAUCUCAGUGAAGACCUUGAGGAUUCAUCAUGUUCAUCGGCACAAAAGAAAAUUAACAGGCAGUUUUACAAAUUUAUCGUAUUUCCUGGCAAAUGGAUAAAAAUCUGGUAUGAUCGACUUACCUUGCUGGCCCUGCUAGACAGGACAGAAGAUAUCAAGGAGAAUGUUUUGGCAAUUCUACUAGUGAUCCUUGUUUCUUUUCUUGGCUUUGUAAUUAUGAACCAAGGUUUUUGUAAAGACAUUUGGAUCCUCCUGUUUUGUCUAAUCAUGGCAAGCUGUCAAUACUCCCUUCUAAAGAGCAUUCAGCCUGAUCCUGCCUCACCAAUACAUGGGCACAACCAGCUGAUAACAUAUAGCAGGCCUGUGUAUUUUUGUAUAUUGUGUGGCCUUAUUUUAUUGCUAGAUGCAGGAUCCCAAAACAAAAGUCCCCCUAUUUAUACGGUAUAUGGCUUGAAGAUCUUCUCACCAGGAUCAUUUCGGGCAGCCAGAGACCAUGUGAUUGGAUUUUUAUUUUGCUUUCCUGCCAUUUCCCUUCUUGGCCUUUUCCCACAAAUCAACACUUUCUGCAUAUAUCUCCUGGAACAAAUUGAUAUGCUGCUGUUUGGAGGUUCUGCUGCUGCCGGGAUGAUCUCUUCGCUGUACAGUAUUUCUCGGAGCUUCAUAGUUGUGAUUGUCCUGUACGCAUUCUGUUUCAAUGCAGUAAAGGAGCCGUGGGACGCUCAACACAUUCCUGCAUUGUUCUCUGCUUUCUGUGGCCUUUUGGUUGCCCUUUCAUACCAUCUCAGUAGGCAAAGUAGCGACCCGUCUGUUUUAAUGUCUCUUAUUCAAUGUAAAUAUUUCCCUCACUUUCUGCAUCAACAUUUGGAAGAUUCACAAACUGAUCCGCUACCCGAGAAGAUGAGAGAGUCAGUGAGGGAAACCUUGAAAUCAGAUCUCAUUGUGUGCUCCGUGGCGGCUGUGCUGUCAUUUGCAGUCAGUGCCAGUACUGUUUUCUUGUCAUUAGGGCCAUUUCUCAGCAUUGUGCUUUAUGCUUUAGCGUGGACUGUGGGAUUCAUAACACACUACCUGAUUCCUCAGCUUCGCAAGCACCACCCAUGGCUGUGGAUCUCCCACCCGAUCCUUAAAAAUAAAGAAUACCAGCAGAGAGAAUUAAGAGGUGCUGCCCAUUUAAUGUGGUUUGAAAGACUCUAUGUGUGGCUUCAGUGUUUUGAAAAGUACAUCUUGUAUCCGGCAAUAAUACUGAAUGCCCUCACCAAUGACGCCUUCUCAAUCAGCAAAUACAAGAGGCUGACUCCACACUGUGAUAUCUUUCUGAUUACAAUUGCGGGAAUGAAGCUAUUGCGGUCUUCAUUUUGUAACCCCAUUCACCAGUUUGUUACAUUAAGCUUUACUGUCAUCUUCUUCCAGUUUGACUACUAUGGUAACUCCGAUAACUUCUUGUUGAAUUUCUUCAUGAUGUCCAUUGUGUUUAAUAAGCUGUGGGACCUCCUGCAAAAGUUGCAGUUCAUUCUGACCUAUAUUGCUCCUUGGCAGAUUGCUUGGGGCUCUUCGUUCCAUGUAUUUGCUCAGCUCUUUGCAAUACCUCAUUCGGCAAUGCUCUUCUUUCAGACUCUGGCCACUGCAAUCUUUUCUACUCCGCUGAGUCCAUUUCUCGGGAGUGUCAUUUUUCUCACAUCAUACGCCAGACCAGUGAAGUUCUGGGAAAGGAAUUACAACACAAAACGAGUGGACCAUUCCAACACGAGACUGGCACUUCAGAUUGAAAAGGGUGCAGGAAAUGACGAUAACAACCUCAACUCCAUCUUUUAUGAGCACCUGACAAGAUCUCUGCAGGAGUCUCUUUGUGGAGAUUUGAUACUUGGGCGCUGGGGAAACUACAGCUCUGGGGACUGUUUUAUUUUGACAUCAGAUUACUUGAAUGCCUUUGUUCACUUGAUUGAAAUCGGAAAUGGUCUUGUCACUUUCCAACUCAGGGGGCUAGAAUUCCGAGGGACAUAUUGCCAACAAAGGGAGGUGGAGGCUAUAACAGAAGGAGAUGAGGACAACGAAGGCUGCUGCUGCUGCAAACCUGGACGCCUGCCUCACUUGCUGUCAUGCAACGCAGCUUUUAACCUUCGGUGGCUGACCUGGGAAAUAACACGGACUCAGUAUAUCCUGGAAGGCUAUAGCAUUAUUGACAACAAUGCUGCCACAAUGCUCCAAGUGUUUGAUCUGCGAAGAAUACUCAUCAGAUAUUACAUCAAGAGCAUUAUAUACUUUACUGCAAGCUCCCCCAAAAUCCUACAUUGGCUAAGAGAUGAGUCGUUCCAAAAAACACUGCAGCCUUUCUCCAAGUGGCAUUACAUAGAGCGGGACCUUGCAAUGUUCAAUAUUAACAUUGACGAUGACUAUAUCCCUUGCCUUCAAGGAAUCACCAGGGCAAGUUUCUGCAGUGUUUACUUGGACUGGAUUCAGUUCUGUGCUGCAAAAAGAAUGGAGCCAAUAGAGUGUGAUGAAGAUUCUCCUCUGGUAACUCUUUCCUUUGCCCUGUGCAUUUUGGGUAGGAGAGCACUAGGAACAGCAUCGCACAAUAUGGCCAUCAGUUUAGAGUCCUUCCUCCAUGGACUCCAUGCCUUGUUCAAAGGAGACUUUCGGAUCACAUCAAGAGAUGAAUGGGUGUUUGCAGAUAUGGAUCUGUUACACAAGGUUGUUGCUCCUGCAAUCAGAAUGUCAUUGAAACUUCAUCAGGACCAGUUUACCUGUCCAGAUGAAUAUGAGGAUCCUGCCAUCCUUUAUGAGGCAAUUCAGUCAUUUGAAGAAAAAGUGGUAAUCUGCCAUGAAGGUGAUCCUGCCUGGCGUAGUGCUGUUCUCUCAAACAAAGAGGAGCUUCUCACUCUGAGGCAUGUGGUGGAAGAAGGGACAGACGAAUACAAAAUUAUUAUGCUCCACAAAAGCUACUUAAGCUUCAAAGUGAUCAAGGUUAACAAGGAAUGUGUCCGAGGGCUCUGGGCUGGACAGCAACAGGAACUGAUAUUUUUACGCAACCGCAACCCGGAACGAGGCAGCAUCCAGAACAACAAGCAGGUUUUGAGAAACCUGAUUAACUCCUCGUGCGACCAGCCUCUGGGGUACCCUAUGUAUGUUUCCCCUUUAACCACAUCCUAUAUAGGGACCCACAGACAACUGAAGAAUGUUUGGGGUGGACCAAUUAGCCUGGACAACAUCAAAAGAUGGUUCAGAAACAAGUGGCUUAGGAUGCGGAAAGACUGCCAUCCAAGCCACAACAGUGGAGGAAACCUUGAGGAAGGAGCGAGUAGAAAUGGAUCUUCCAGCAGCAAUCCAGUUAAUAAUUCAAGUCAGAGCAGCAGUGCCCAGCAUACGAGGAACAGCACACCCCAGCUGCAGCCUUCUUUAAAAGUUGCUCAGUUUUCAGGCAGAAGAAAGUUCAGGAGCCAGUCUGUUCAGACACAUGCUGCUUUAAACCAAAGGCCCCCUCGUUCGAGUCAUUCUGGUCCCAUCGUAGACAGCCACCAGCCAUUCAUCCAGACUUCCACUUCUGCUCAUGAAAUUGCCCACGGGCUUUCUGGCAGCCAGCUGUCCUUCCACAAUUCAGCAACUUCCGUCUUCUCCCAGACUCCUGCCAUCCCUACCCUGGGCCAGCUCACUGUGCAGGAGAGAGCUGGCGCGAUGCUUCGCUCUAGCCUGGCUUCUUCCACCAGUUCAACGCUCAGCCUUUUAUUUGGCAAGAGAAGCUUUUCGAGCGCUUUGGUUAUUUCCGGGCUCUCAGCUGCUGAUGGAGGAAACACCACAGACACCCAGUCGUCCAGCAGUGUUAACAUCGCAAUGGGACCGUCUGCUAGAGCAGCAAGCCGUACUAUGCAAGAGACCACGCGGCAAUCGUCUGAGGAUUAUGAAGCAACUGAGACGAGUGAAUCCAGACAGCGAAGAGAUCUGGGUGCUGCGCAUGCUCUUCUGAUGAGCCACAUGCUGGAAUGUAGGAGAGCCAGCCAAGAGGACAUGGCGUUGGAAGACACAGGUUCCCAACACAGUCUUUCAGAAGAGCAGUAAGGAAUCCACUUGCACCAAGGGCUAAAGCUCUGUUCACAUGACAUCAAAACACAUCUAGUUUCACCUCCCAGACAAAAUGUUAAGGUUAUUCCAAGUAUAACAAAAAGCAAACAAACACAACACAAAAUGUAAAGUAUCUAUUUUUUUAAUUCUUUAGUGAAAAAUAUUACAAUAUAGAAGCAGGAUGUUCUACGAUUGGCAUUUAGUGCUAUCCAAAAGCACUGGGCGACGUCAUCUCAAGUUCAUGAAAAUUCAAAUGCGAUCUGGAAAAAAACGUCAACAACUUGUCUUGACUUUCCUUCCCCCGAAGUGCUAAUAUUUUUCAGGUGGAACUUGGAAAAGAUUUGAGGAGGGAGCGAGAACACACAUACGUGGAACUAAGACUGAAAGCAACAGAAACUCUGAAUGCAUCUCCGUGAAAAAGCACAUCAACAUCUGUCUCUUGUUGUAACCAAACAGAUGAUUGCAUGCUAAAUAACUGGCAUUUUAUACAUAAUGCAUCAGAAACGAUUGUUUUUUUAAUUGAAGCAAUGAAUAUGUAAUAGGAGAGAAAACUGCAUACCCCAACAUUAGUAUGCAGAAUCUUUUUCUUUUUAAAAAAAGGAAAGUCAAAAGGAAGGCCUCAUUCUUCUGUUUGUUUGAAGUGUUAUGCAGCUGACAAUUAUGUGCCGCAACAUAUUAAUCCAGAAGGUGGCCCACUGCAUGCAGUCAUAAUGAAAUAGUAUAUGAAAGUGCCAGGCUGCACAUUGCCGUAAACCAAAUAUAGCCAAUGCAUGAAAAGCCUUCACAAAGCCAACGGUGCUCCUUAUUUGCAAACAAAGCUGCUUUUUCUAAAAGGGCUGCAUAGUCUUGCAGUCCUGAUUUGGUUGGCAGAAAUUCAUGCCUAUUUCUGAAACCGAGAGACUCAAAAGCACUACGAUGCUCUUUCACAUACACAAACACAGACAAACAUGUUGAAUUUUUUUUUUUUUUUUUUGUAAUUAAAGACUUUACAACUACCA